CUCCUGCCUUGGCCUCCCAAAGUGCUAGGAUUACAGGCAUGAGCUACUGCGCCCAGCCUGUGAAUGUACUUAAUUCCACUGUAUUCAACGCUUGAAAGUGGUUCCAUGGCUGAGGCUGGGCCGCCCACCCCCACCGUCCUGGCCCGCGGCCCCAGCAGGUCUGGCCACACUGGACGGAUGUAGCCGCACACGUGGCCGAGCUGGCCCCUCACCAGGCACCAUCCACCCUCUGGGUGCUCCCUGGAGGGCAGAGGCCCGCGGUUCCCCAUCCCUUCACCCUGAAGGCCACGUGGGCACAGUAGACCCCGUCAGGAGAGUGGGUGAGGACUCCCUGGCUCUUAGGAGUCAACAGCCACACCCCCCACCCCGCCCAAACCUGCAGGGGCCGCCCACACUCCUGCCUGCUCCGAGGCCCUCGGUCAUCCACCUGCCCAGACCCUGCUGUCACCUGGAUAAGCCCAGUGUCCUUUCUCUGAGUGCUGUCACUCCACAUGGGACCCCUGCCACCCUAGCUCCCUACUCCUGACCCUGCCUGGGAGCCUGGGGCCUUGUCCUCGUGGGGCUGGCAGCACAGCGGGCCACGGACCAGGGCUGGGAGGGGCUGGGCAGUAGGGCAGGUGACGCGCCCUGGCCCAGCGCCAGCCCCAUGGGGGCUGCAGCCGCCGGUUGGAGGACAAGCUGGUGCUGAGGCCAUGGAGACCACCCAGGAUCCGCAGCCCCAGGGGACCUCCCCCCCUCACAGACACCCCUCCAGGGACCCUGCUGCCUCUCUGGAGGACAGGUGCCCCCCUAGCACCAGGCCUCAACCUCAGCCUGCUCAUGUGUCCCCAUGGCAACCGUCUCCGCGGGACACAGUGGGUGCCCAGGAACCUUUGCUUACGCUGCCUGGGACUCCAGCCACUGUCCUGCGGAGCGGACAGCCCCGCCCAGGCUGCCACGUGAGGCAGCCCCCAACUGUCAUGUGACCCCCGAUCAUGUGACCACCUGUGCCCGCCCGGCAAACCCAGGCAUGAGCCCGUCGCACCAGGCACCCGCGGCCCGGCCGGCCCCUUCCUGGGCCCCAGUCCUGCUGCUGGUGCUCGGGCUGCACAGCCUCCAGGCCGGGGCCCGCAGAGCCACAGACCCCAACUUCCAGGAGAGGUAUUUUGAGCAGCUUCUGGACCAUUUCAACUUCGAGAGAUUCGGCAAUAAGACCUUCCCCCAGCGGUUCCUGGUGUCAGACGAGUUCUGGGACAGGACCAAGGGGCCCAUCUUCUUCUACACCGGGAACGAGGGGGAUGUGUGGUCCUUCGCCAACAACUCGGGCUUCAUCUCGGAGCUGGCGGCCCAGCAGGGGGCCCUGCUGGUCUUUGCAGAGCACCGGUACUACGGGAAGUCGCUCCCGUUCGGUGCGUGGUCCACAAGGCGCGGGUUCACGGAGCUGCUGACGGUGGAGCAGGCCCUGGCCGACUUUGCGGUGCUGCUCCAGGCGCUGCGCCAGGACCUCGGGGCCCAGGACAGCCCUGCCAUCGCCUUCGGGGGCAGCUACGGAGGCAUGCUCAGCGCCUACAUGAGGAUGAAGUACCCCCACCUGGUGGCCGGGGCGCUGGCGGCCAGCGCACCUGUUGUAGCUGUUGCAGGUCUCGGAGACUCCGCCCAAUUCUUCCGGGACGUCACGGCGGACUUUGCCAGCCAGAGUCCCAAAUGUGCCCAGGGUGUGCGGGACGCCUUCCGGCAGAUCAAGGACUUAUUCCUACGGGGAGCCUACGACACGGUCAGCCGGGAGUUUGGCACCUGCCAGCCACUCUCGGGCCCCAAGGACCUGACCCAGCUCUUUGUGUUUGCCCGGAAUGCCUUCACCGUGCUGGCCAUGAUGGACUACCCAUACCCCACCGACUUCAUGGGGCCUCUCCCCGCCAACCCUGUCGGGGUGGGCUGUGACCGGCUGCUGAGUAAGGCUCAGAGGAUUUCGGGGCUGCGGGCUCUGGCAGGUACGUGUUCCCCUCGGCCCCAGACUGGGCGAGCAUGGAGACCCCAGCGCUGGCGCAGGGCCUGGUGGGGCCACGUCUGCAGCCCUGGCCUGGGGGCUCUGCCUCCUGUCCUAGUGGGGCCGUGGGCCGUGUGGGCUGGGGGCGUGACCACCCAGCAGUCCAGGGGAGGCAGUGGCCACGCUGAGGACCCCUCCCAGCCUUGCCUGGGGCCGGCCCGCGAGGGUGUGCUGCUCGGCAGGGCCUCUGGUGCGGAGGGGCCCAGCCCUGCCCGCCCUCGGGGCUGCGCUCACCCCAGACCCCCAGCAGGUGGCCCAGGGGCUUUCCUCACUGGGACCCAGAGCCCCUGCCCACCUGCAAGACCCUUCCCCGGGGGACAGGCUGGUGGCCCGAGCAUGCGGUGCCUGUGUCUGGCUUCCUGGCCCCAGCACCCCUCCUCCCCAGGACUGGUCUACAACGCCUCGGGCACGGAGCGCUGUUUCGACAUCUACCGGCUGUACCGCAGCUGUGCCGACCCCACAGGCUGCGGCACCGGCCCCAACGCCAAGGCCUGGGACUACCAGGCCUGCACCGAGAUCAGCCUGACCUUUGCCAGCAACAACGUGACCGACAUGUUCCCCGCCCUCCCGUUCACCGAGGAACUCCGCCAGCAGUACUGCCUGGACACUUGGGGCGUGUGGCCACGGCGGGACUGGCUGCGGACCAGCUUCUGGGGGGCCGACCUCAGAGCUGCCAGCAACAUCAUCUUUUCCAACGGUGACCUGGACCCCUGGGCAGGGGGCGGGAUUCGGCGGAACGUGAGCGCCUCUGUCGUCGCCGUCGGCAUCCGCGGGGGGGCGCAUCACCUGGACCUCAGAGCGUCCCACCCGGAAGACCCGCCCUCCGUGCUGGAGGCGCGACAGCUGGAGGCCGCCCUCAUCGGCCAGUGGGUGAGGGCUGCGCGGCGUGAGCAGCGGCCGGUCCCGCGCGCGGGGCGCAGGGGCUGAGACCGCAGGACCCGGGAGCGCCGCGAGUUCCCCGUGGAGUGAGGCGCCCGCUGGAUCCCGAGGCCGGGCCCAUGGUGGCCGCCCAGCGCGGGGACUUUGCUUGCCGGAGGGGCUGGCGCAAAGGGAAGGGGCCGAAUAAAGACCGCUGGCCGGUU